ACGGUUUCAGAGCACGCACUCCACUCCACGUCUCCACCACCACCGCAGCGAAGCAGUUGCCGCCGCAAACCAUGGCGCCCACGUCGGCCGGAAACCUAGCCCCCGCCACCGCCAUCCUCGUCGUGGUGGUGGCGGUGGUCCUGGCGGCGGCGGCGGCGAGCCAGGACGGCGACGCGCUGACGGAGUUCAGGAAGGGGAUGAGCGACCCCGACGGCGCGCUGGCGAGCUGGGACCCCGACCUGGUGAACCCCUGCACCUGGUUCCGCGUCACCUGCAACGCCGACAACCGCGUCAUCCGCCUAGAUCUUGAGGAGAUGAACCUGUCCGGCCAUCUGUCGGCCGAUCUUGCGCGACUGGACCAGCUACAAUUUAUGGAAAUCGCUUCGAACAAUAUUGAAGGACCAAUUCCGCCAGAGUUUGGUAAUCUGGAGAAUUUGAUUAGCCUAGACUUGUGCAACAACACCAUUUCUGGGCCGAUACCUCCGUCGCUUGGGAAACUCAAGUCCUUAAAAUUCAUGAGAAUUGAUCACAACCUUUUAACUGGGCCAAUCCCAAACGAGCUGGCUGGGCUGUCAAACCUCAUGAUCCUAAAUGUAUCCAACAACGAUCUCUGUGGGACAAUCCCGACGUCCGGGCCGUUCGAUCACUUCCCUCCGAGCAGCUUUGCCAGCAACCCGCGGCUGAGGUACCCCGGGAUGGACGACGAUGACACCGGCCGCUAGAUCAUGGCAGCAUGAAUUAACGAAUAAAAAGAAGAGGACGGCGGCGGCGUCAGGUUCUUCACCGGAAGCAAGCCUCGUCGGCGUCGAUCGGUGCAGACUCUGUCGACCUGGAGCUUCUUAGCAUUAGAGUAGCUUGGCCGUAAUGGUAAUGCUAAUGAGUAAUGACAAUGAUUAUUAUCUCAGCAUUACGUACUUCUGUUUACUGGCAUAGUAUAUGAAAUCGAUCGUCUUAGCUCAGUUGCUUGGUGUUUUGCCUCCCUAGCUAUGUUACUUAUCUAUGUUAUUCGAGAACUAAAUUAACCAUCGA